AUGAUGGCACACAAGCAGCAGCCUCUCUACCUGCACCUGGCUGAGCUCACCGCAUCCCAAUUCCUGGACAUCUGGAAGCACUAUGACUCUGACGGAAAUGGCUUCAUUGAAGGAAAGGAACUGGAGAAUUUUUUCCAGGAAUUGGAGGCGGCACGGAGAGGAGCCGGAAUGGAAGGAUCCACCAUUAAUAUUGGAGAGAAGUUGAAAGAAUUUAUGCAAAAGUACGACAAAAAUGCAGAUGGACGCAUAGAGAUGUCAGAGUUGGCUCAGAUUCUCCCGACUGAAGAGAAUUUUCUUCUCUGCUUCCGUCAGCAUGCCGGUUCCAGCACAGAGUUCAUGGAGGCCUGGAGAAAAUAUGACACAGACAGAAGUGGCUACAUAGAGGCAAAUGAACUGAAGGGGUUCCUCUGCGACCUCCUGAAGAAAGCCAAUCGGCCAUUUGAUGAGAAGAAGCUGCAGGAGUAUACACAGACCAUUCUGCGCAUGUUUGACAUGAAUGGUGAUGGGAAGCUCUGCCUGUCCGAGAUGUCCAGGCUGCUUCCCGUGCAGGAGAACUUUCUACUGAAGUUUCAGGGACUGAAGUUGAGCUGUGAUGAGUUUAAUGCAAUAUUCAACUUCUAUGACAAGGACCGGAAUGGCUUCAUUGAUGAGAAUGAACUGGACGCUUUACUGAAAGACUUCUUCGAGAAAAGUAAAAAGGAGGUGGAUAUUCAGAGCCUGACCGGAUACCGCCAGAGCAUCAUGUCGCUGUGUGACGGGGGGCGCCUCUACCGCAAGGAGCUGGAGAUUGUACUCUGCAAUGACUCGUCCCCUUCAAGUAACUGA